CAUCACCAAGAAAGAGAGAUUUCGCGCCGUGCUGUCUGUGCGAGGAGCAGGUUGCAAGUUGCACUCGCCGAGCGGCUUUCGCUCCCCCGCCCGCCCGCCUGCCCGCAUUAUAAUAACCGGACGAGGCCGCGCAAGCAACAAACUCUCGCAGCAGCAGCAGCGGCGGCCUGACACAGAAGCUCAGCUCAGCUAAGCUAAGCUACGCCAGAAGCGACAGGGAGAGCACGUUGGCUCGUUCGUUCUUGAGAUGAGGGCGAGGGUGGCGCUGGAGCCGCUGGCAGAGGAGCCCGGCGCGGAGGACGAGUCGGGGGCGCGGCGGCGGUCGGGGCUCCACGCCACGCUGCACCGCUGGGCGCGCAUCCUGUCCGGCGGCGCCGCCGGGGACGACGCCCGCCCCGCCGCCGACCUCCGCGUCCUCCUCUCCGUCCUCGCCUGCCCCCUCUCCCCCGUGCCCAUCCUCCCGCGCCUCCCCCGACACGUGGCCUCGUCGGCGCAGUACAUAAUCGAGCAGUUCAGGGCGACGACGGGGUGCGGGAAGCUGGAGGGGACGGCCAAGAGCAUGUACGCGGCGGGCAAGGUGCGGCUGGCGAUGCUGCAGGAGCCCGCCGGAGCGGGCCACGCCAACGGCAACGCCGGUCGGUGCCACGAGGGGAGCUUCGUGGUCUGGCAGCUCGCCCCCGGCAUGUGGCUCGUCGAGAUGGCCGUGGCCGGCCACAGCGUCGCCGCCGGCAGCGACGGCCGCGUCGCCUGGCGCCGCACGCCCUGGCUCGGCGCGCACGCCGCGCGCGGCGGCUCCCGCCCCCUCCGCCGCGCCCUCCAGGGCCUGGACCCGGUGAUGAUCGCGUCCAUCUUCUCGACGGCGGAGCACGCCGGCGAGAAGCAGGUCGACGGGGAGGACUGCUUCGUGCUGCGCCUCGACGUGGGCCCCUCGACGCUGUCGAGCUGGAGCGACGGCACGGCGGAGGUGAUCCGGCACGGCCUGACCGGGUUCUUCAGCCAGCGGAGCGGCCUCCUGGCGCGCCUGGAGGACUCGCAGCUCACCCGGAUCCAGUCCCCCGGCGCCGCCGCCAUGUACUGGGAGACCACCAUCGCGUCCACGCUCUCCGACUACCGCGCCGUGGACGGCGGCGUCACCGUGGCGCACGCGGGGCGGUCCACGGCGCACCUCGCCCGGUUCGGCGUCGGCGUGCGCGCCGCGCGGGUGGUGACGCGGAUGGAGGAGUCGUGGACCAUCGACGACGUGGCGUUCGACGUGCCGGGGCUGGGCCCCGACUCCUUCAUCCCGCCGGAGGAGGUCCGGCGGAGCCGCUUCUACGACGCCAUGGCCGCCGGCGGCGGCAAGUGAACGUACUACUCGAUCGUACGCAGGAGUGUAACACGUAGUAGUCCAGUAGCAUUUUGUUUAGUUUCGUCGGUGUGUCGAUUAUUGUUUGUGAUUGUGGCACCAAGAAAAUGCAAGCGCGUGUACAUACAUAUGUGUACCCUGGGUUUUUACCUAAAAAGAAAGAAAAACUCACAGUUUCUAAGUA